GUUAUAAGAUUACAACCCUAUAAGGGAAGGGUUGCAGACCAAACAGCACUCCUUUUUUGUAUAAACAUUAACCUAUAUCACCCUCUCCAUCACCACCCUGCCUCUUCGCCUGUUGAAUGCCUGCAUCUUAGAGCAUGGCGGGUCCCGCGACCAUUGUUGCAGUGGAAGGCGAGAGAAUUGAGUUCAAUGCGGAUGCAGGCGAGCACGAAGAGUGUGCUGACAUGAGGGGAGGUGAUGCAAGUGCAGACAAGGUGACCCAAGGAACUAGCGACGGCCGGCAGCUGGAGGGCUUCCACAGGAGGAAGACCCCCCCGAAUGUAUUUGAUGCAAUGCCUAAGAGAGAAUCUCAACUGAUGUUAACUUCAACCGAUGGAACAGAGUUUUUGACAACAUUGAUGCAGUCUCUGAUAGGAGGGGUCAAACAACCACAGAGGCUAAUGUGCAGGUGCACGCACUGUUUUGUAGAACAGUGAUCCUUCUUACUUGCAGAAGUUUGUCGUGUCUCUCAUCUACCAACAAUUUCAGACAAAUACUAAGGUACUCAAACAAGAACUUAUACAACUUAGUCCCUGAUGUUACCUCAUCUUCCCACUGUCCGACCUGCAUGCAUUUUCUAUUCAAGUUCCUGGCAUAUGUUAGGAAAUUUGCAUAGCACAAAAUGAUUAUCAUCUAAGAAACCACUUUGUGCCUCCCGAGCCCAAACCAAACUUCCCAGUAAAAUAUAGGUGAAAUGUUAAUUUUAAAUUUUACUAGUUAUUAUAUGGUGAGUACGCCUCUAGCAUUAGGUAUCUAAGUUAUGAACAGGCAGUUUAAGUGUAGGAGCAUCUAAAUCAUAAUUCGUCCAAUGAUCAAGGAUAAUUUGUACAUUUAACUCCAAAAGUAUGAUGGCAAAGUUUACAAAUGUAAUAAUUAGACUGUCUUCUAUCCACUGUUACAUUUACUUAAUAAUAUCAGUAGUGAUAUACUGGCAACAGCUUAUGGUUUCUACUUGAGUAAUUUUCAUAAUCACGUGAUUGAUCAGUAACUAUCAACUUAAUACAUACGAAUUAUAUCUAAUCCAAAGAUUACCAGUCGAGCCAAUAAUGCAUAAAAUAAAUAUCUUAUCAAAACAGAACCUCUCAAACCUCUCGAUUAAUUAUUGUAGUAUUACAACGGUGCUCUCUUUAUGUGAUAAGAAGAAUCAAAAUGAACAACAAGGUUGUAAAUAGCGGAUAUCGGGCACAUAGUAUUUGAAGGGUCUCAUAGCGGAAAGAGAAUAGAGGACACCAUAGAGGGCACUAUAAACUAGGGGUGGAAACGAGCCGAGCUCG